UCUCUAGUUAAGAAAAAUCGUAAACUGGAGCAGGAUAACCCAGCAGCACUUCCAAACAGGCCCCAAUUGAAACAGCCUUGUGAACCCUAGUUCGAUAAGAAAACCCUAGCCGCAAUUUACGGUUUCCUGCGCUAUAUAAACUGGUCCAUAGCUUCACGCCAAUUUGAAGUUGGGGGUGAAGCAAACCCUAGUUUGCAAACCAGGUAAGCGAAAAUGGCCGUGCCGCUUCUUGCAAAGAAGAUCGUAAAGAAGAGGGUCAAGAAGUUCAAGAGGCCUCAGAGCGACCGCAAGAUCUCUGUCAAGGAAAACUGGCGCAGGCCAAAGGGUAUUGAUUCUCGCGUCAGGAGAAAGUUCAAGGGAUGCACUUUGAUGCCAAACAUUGGCUAUGGCUCAGACAAGAAAACCCGGCACUAUCUCCCAAACGGUUUCAAGAAAUUUGUUGUGAACAACGUCAAAGAGUUGGAACUACUUAUGAUGCACAACAGGACAUACUGUGCUGAGGUUGCUCACAAUGUGUCCACAAGAAAGAGAAAGGAGAUAAUUGAGAGAGCUGCUCAACUUGACGUUGUUGUGACCAACAGAACAGCGAGACUACGUAGCCAGGAGGAUGAAUAGGAUGGCUAUUUUGUAUCUUGUAGUGACCCUUUGAUUCACACCUGAAGGGCUAGACCUGCAUCAAUUUCUUUCUUCAAGUGAUUGUAGGUAGCAUACACAAUAUACGUUAUGAUAAUUAUUUGAAUUAUUCUAUGGUUGACUCAAUGUCUGAAUUUCUUAUGAAACAUCUAUUUAUGAUAAACCAUUAAAUGGAGCUGUACAGAUGGUUUCUAAU